AUGGUGCAGUAUGGCCUUGACUACACAAGGUGCAGAUGGAUCUUGCCUCUGAUGUUAGGCAUAGCGGUCAUCUUUGGCCUUAUUGCGCUGGCUGGCAGGGGCUGGCUGGAGUCGGAGACGGAGCCCUAUCAGCAUCAAGCCUCGUUAUGGGAAAGCUGUACAAUGUUCCCUGGUGAGCUCGAGUGGACGUGUACCUCCCUGAUGGACUACGCCUGGGGGAGAGCUGCUGCUGCCACAUUCCUUUUAGGCUAUAUCAUUCUGGUCAUUUGUUUUGCCCUGGCCAUCAUAGCAUUCGCCAUUGAUACGCUUCGGUUCAACUUCAUACGAGGAAUCGGAGGCUUGCUCUUUACUGCUGCUGCGUUCUCGGUCAUGGCCCUGGUCAUUUAUCCAGUGAAGUUCACAAAUGAAAUUGACAUGAGAGGAGUCAAUAUGUUCAGCUGGGCCUAUGGCUUUGCUUGGACCACCACCAUUAUGGAAAUAGGCCUGGCGUUCUUCUUCUGCUGCCUUCCGAAUUACGAAGAUGAGAUCCUGGGCAACGUCAAGCCGACAUAUUUUUAUACUUCCCCAUAA